AUGUGGCAGAAGCGGGCUCCCGUCGGACAUUCCCAGGUCGGCCGCCACUCGCGUUCACCGCUACCGAAAUCAUACGCGUAUUCAACUGUUAACGCAUCAGUGCCAGCCUCGGUCAAGACAAAACUGCAGCAUACACUGUCGGAGAAAUCCGUACAAAGACGUCGAAACUUCUUCAUUUGGGCGCCGUCGCUGCGACUGAUAGGAGGUCUACAUCUGGACGCUCACAGCCCUAUUACUGUCGCCAGCUUGUAUCGCUGGUUGACACUUCUCCUGAGCAAACCUCACGAGUUCAACCUAUAUCCCGUCGAAAUAUUACCCACCUACGCCAUCUUCAGGUAUCUAGCGCAACCUGUUGGAGAUGCGUUACCUCGUGAUUCUCAAGAAUGCCUCAGGCCCGGCGAUGUAGGUGUAUUUGUACCAGGAGAAGAUCAGACGAGAUUCCAGUAUGACGUCCACUUCGCUGGAAUGCAGAUCACGUACGCAGAAGAGGAAGCUUCGUCAAGGGAAGCUUAUAGGAAUCAUAUGACAGAAUCAUUCAUAGAGGAGGUGCAGACAAGGGAUGGGCAUCGAUGUGUACUCACAGGUGCAUCGUCGACGGAUGUGCCUCUCGCAGUGUGUUGGAUUGUCCUUCCAUGCUCGAUCAGACAUGUGCGAUACUACCAAGGCCCAGAAAUGACACCGGUCCUUGCUGACAUGACAUCAUAUUAUGCAAUAUCUAAUGCAUGGACGUUACGUGCAGACCUUGCGGAAUUGUUUAAGAGCAAUCAGUGGGGUAUUGAUGUCGGGGACAACUGUCGUGUUGUGUUUUUUGGUCUUUACGACAGCUACUCGGGUCUCUUGCCUCAAGUUCCCUCUAAUCUACCUCUCAGUGGCCCCAUUUGCGAACGCCUUACCGAACACUUUGCGCGGUGCCUGAGCUACAACAUCCUCGGUGGCGACAUUUUGGACAAGUAUGACGGAUUUGAUGUGAGUGGUUACCUGGAAGACCUUGGAUACUUCGACGGUGACGAUCUUGACCCGGCUGAUCCGGGAUGGCAAACUGAGCUCGGGAAGGAGGUUUGGGAGCUGAGAUUUAGGCUGAAGUGCGAGGAGCGACAGAAUCGAUCCUCCCAACGCAACACUGAUGCUACAGACUCUGACAACCAGUGA